AUGUCGAAUGAAGACUACCUCUACCACCACUAUCAAACCCCCUUCUUCUUUCAGACCUUACUCGGCACCAUGAUGACAUUGUGCUCGGGAUGCCGCAACUGGAAUGUCGGUGGGUCAAAAAUUUCUAGCCAUGCCAUCCUACCCUGUAUCUUGAAGGACAUACAUAGAUGGACUGAAGGCUGA